AUGGCGUCUUCCUCAAGUUCAUCAAUUCACAAGAGCUUUAAGCAUGAAGCUAAAUUCAUCCAAAAGAUUGUUGAAGAGCUUUCACUAGAGUUACGUUCCAUUAGUUUCAACAUUGAUGAAAAGUUGGUAGGAAUGAAGUCUCGGGUCAAAGAAGUUGUAUCAUCUUUAGGAACCGGUUUUGAUGUUCUCAUGAUUGGGAUAAAGGGAAUGGGAGGUGGUGGGAAGACAACUUUAGCCAGAGCUGUUUUUGAUCAAAUUUCCUCUCAAUUUGAAGAAAUGGGUAGGAAUAUUGUUCGUCGCUCACACCCGGAUAAGCCUCAGAAACACAGUCGAUUGUGGGUUGGCGAUGAAAUUGAAGAGAUAUUGGCCAAUGAUUUGGGUACUAAAGCAACAAGAUGUAUACACACCAAUUAUGCACUUAAGUUGCACAAUGUUACAAAAGGUUUGAGAAAGAUGAAGGGACUUAGAUUUCUUUCGGUGUUAAUCGAAGGUCGUUUCCAUAAUUUGAAAUCUGAAAAAGUGAGCCUAGACUUUCCAGAUGCUUUACGAUAUCUGAGUAUGAAGUGUUACCCUUUUAGGUCUCUACCCAAAACUUUUCAAGCAAAUAAUCUUGUUGCACUUGUGAUGGCAUACAGUAGUAUCAAACAACUUUGGGAAGGAGGAGGAAGAAAGGUUUUUAACAAGAUGAGAUUCCUUGACCUGAGUCAUUCAAGGUUGCGUACCCUUGACCUUGGGCUUGCUCCAAAUCUCGAGACAUUGAAUCUUGAAGGAUGUAAUAAUUUGGUAGAACUUCACAUGCCCAUUAGAUGUUUAAAGCUCAUAUCCGUCGACAUCUCACAUUCAAGGUUGAGGACUCUUGACCUUAGGCUGGCUCCGAAUCUCAAGACGUUGAUUCUUUAUGCAUGUCGUUAUUUGGUAGAAUUUCAAAUGGCCAGUAUAUGUCUAAAUCUUAAAUCCCUAUAA